UUUGCCUUUUACAUUUCCUCACAAGACCCUGAUUGCAAAUUUUUUGCUCCAAAAGGUGAAGCUUAACCUUAUACCCACAGGCUGAAAGAUUGGCAACAGGCAAAAAAGAUCUCUAUGAUUAAAGGAAAACUGCAUGACUUGCCAGAAAGUCCAAACUGCAACAAACUUUUGUCUCUAUUACUACAAAAAAACCCCGAUUUGGUCACAAUUCCACCAUCAUUUUUUAAGAACAUGCAGAAGCUCCUUGUUUUGGACUUGUACCAAACAGGAAUUGCAUCACUACCGUCGUCUGUAUCAAAGUUGAUUAGACUUAAGGCACUUUUCUUAAAUGAUUGCCCCAACGUAACAAAGUUGCCUCCCCAAGUUGCAGAACUUCGUUUUCUUGAGGUGCUUGACAUUAGAGGCUGCAAGAUAAUAUUCAUACCUCCUGUUAUUGGAAAAUUAGUUUACCUGAGGUGCUUGCGGAUGUCAUACCAUAAAUGCAGCAAUACAGAAGACUAUCCUGAUAUGGAAAUUGAUUACAAGGUGAUUUCAAGACUUCUAAGAUUGGAGGAACUGAUGAUUGAUGUGACCUCCUAUGGCCAUUGGUGCAUUGAUGUUGCAAAAAGAGUCGUUCAGGAGGUGGCUUUCUUGAAGAAUUUAACUACUGUUAGAGUAAGCUUUCCACGACCAGAGAUCCUCAAAAUGUUAAUUAAAAACAGGCCAUCAUGGAGGGAUCGCGAACAAUUAACCUCAUUUUGGUUUUUUGUUGGCUGUGAAAGAAACAACAACCCUCUGAUUCUUGAUUGUUUGGAAUACAAGGUAAAUAGAUAUAUGAGAUACUGCUAUCCUGGCAAUGAUGAUUCUACAGUUCGUGAUGUCCUUCCUAAAACUGAUGCAUUGGAAUUGAUCGGUCACAACAACAUCAAAUGUCUAUCAGACUUCAUGAAUGCUGCCAGCCAGAACCAUGUUCGGGGUUGUCUGAUUGAGCGAUGCAAUAAAAUCACAAGCAUUAUAGAUGCCGAAAAGGAAGGAGAAAUGGACAUUCUAACGAUCUUGGAACAGUUACAUUUAAGGAAUUUGCUCCUUCUGAAGAGUAUUUUCUAAGGCCCCACUUCAGGAAAAAGCUUGUCAAAACUACAUACUAUUGUAGUAAAGAGUUGUCCAAUGUUGACAAAGAUAUUUUCCAACGGGGAGAUUCAACAGCUCUCAAAACUCAAAAAAUUGGUGAUGGAAAGCUGCUUCGAGAUAGAAAAGUUGACUGAGCUUCCAAAUCUAGAGACUUUGGAACUGGUUGACAUGCCGAAAUUAAGAAUUAUAUCUGCGGAUGAGUCAUCGGCGUGGCCCCAUUUAAAGGUGCUUAAGAUAUUUGGAUGUCCCGAGGUGAAAUCACUACCCUUCCGUGAACACAAUGCAACAGAGCUAAAAUUAAUAGAAGGAGAACGAAUACGGUGGGAAGCACUACAGUGGAGAGACAGUGAGGUUAGAGACCACCUUCAAUCCUUCUGUUGCCUCAGGUGAAUGUUUCUUUGGUUAUUCAAGUUUGCAUUGCUGUAAUGAGAAUAAUUAAGAACAACAAAAGAUUUGCACUGCUUUGGUUUGAAUGAUGUUGUAGAUUCCUCAUACUAGUUACCUUUUACUAUAGCACAAAGAAAAACUUUGGACAUAAGCCUAAAAUUUGCACUGCCUUAACUCUAGGUCCCA